UCGCCGCCCCUCACAGCUCCGCUCGGCCCCGCCACUCCGGCUCGCACAGCGCCGGCCCCUCGGAGCUCCGCCAGCCCCUCGGAGCCCAGCCGGCCUCUCGCCGUCCCGGCACACAGAACCGUGGCUGAAUGGAGCUUAAAGGGCCACAGAUGAAAGAAAGAACAUGAACAUUUCUGAAGGUGUGAGAUGUAUCUGGCAGUGACCUCCUUACCUCAGUAAUAAAGAAGAGUUUUUCUACAGGAGCUUAGGAUAUCUGUACUCCAGCUUCUUAAUAGACUAACUGGAAUGGUGCUCUGACAACAAUUCCCCAUAAUAAAGCACUUACCCUACUACAGAACAGUAUUUCUUUCUCUACUGAUAAUGUAACUCAAUGGCGGAAGAUAAUGUUUUGAUAAGCAUGCCUGAAGAUCGUUCCUUUCACGUGAGAUACAGGAUGGAGGCUUCCUGCCUGGAGCUGGCUCUGGAAGGCGAGCGCCUGUGCAAGGCGGGAGAUUGCCGGGCUGGAGUGUCUUUCUUUGAAGCAGCUGUCCAGGUUGGAACUGAAGAUUUACGAACGCUGAGUGCUAUUUACAGCCAGCUGGGCAAUGCCUAUUUCUACCUGCAGGAAUAUGCAAAGGCCUUGGAAUACCAUCACCACGAUUUAACUCUUGCAAGGACAAUUGGAGAUCUACUGGGAGAAGCUAAAGCUAGCGGGAACCUGGGCAACACCUUAAAGGUACUUGGGAAUUUUGAAGAAGCUAUCGUUUGCUGUCAGAGACAUCUGGAUAUUUCCAGAGAACUCAAUGAUAAGGUUGGAGAAGCAAGAGCACUGUAUAAUUUGGGAAAUGUGUAUCAUUCUAAAGGGAAAAAUGUAGCUAAUGCUGGGACUCAUGAUCCAGGGGAACUUCCAGAUGAUGUGAAAAAUGCUUUACAGAAAGCUGCAAAAUACUAUGAGGAAAACCUGUCAAUAGUAACAGAGCUGGGUGACAGAGCAGCACAAGGACGUGCCUUUGGAAAUUUGGGAAACACACACUAUCUUCUGGGCAACUUCAGGAGUGCAGUUUUAGCCCAUGAACAGCGUCUCCUAAUUGCAAAAGAAUUUGGUGAUAGAUCAGCAGAAAGAAGAGCAUACAGCAACCUUGGAAAUGCCUACAUAUUCCUCGGGGAAUUUGAAACUGCUGCUGAAUACUACAGGAGGACGCUGCAGCUGGCUCGGCAGCUGAAGGACAGAGCUGUGGAAGCGCAGGCCUGCUACAGCCUAGGGAACACCUACACCCUGCUCCAGGACUAUGAGAAAGCAAUUGAUUAUCAUCUCAAACACCUUGUGAUUGCUCAGGAGCUACAUGACAAAAUUGGGGAAGGAAGAGCAUGCUGGAGUUUAGGGAACGCUUACACUGCUCUGGGAAAUCAUGACCAAGCCAUCCAUUUCGCAGAAAGGCACCUGGAGAUUUCAAGAGAGGUAGGAGACAGAAGUGGAGAACUCACCGCCAGACUUAAUCUCUCAGAUCUUCAAAUGGUUCUUGGAUUAAGCUACAGCACAAACAACUCUAUGAUGGCAGAAAGCCAUGCAGUGGAAAACAGUUUGAAUGGUGGCAGACCAAGAGGACGCCGUUACAGUAUGGAGAACAUGGAACUUAUGAAAUUAACACCAGAAAAGGUUCCGAACUGGAACAGUGAGAUUCUUGCUAAACAAAAACCACUGGUUGCCAAAACUUCAGCAAAACUUCAUUUUGUAAAUCGACUGAAAGGCAAAAAGUACAAAAAUGGCACCACCUCCAAAGUUUUGCAGGAUGCGAGUAAUUCCAUUGAUCAUCGACUUCCAAACUCUCAGAGGAAAAGCAGCCGUGAGACAAUGGCAGACGAAGGGUUCUUUGAUCUGCUGAGUCGGUUCCAGAGUAACAGGAUGGAUGAUCAGAGGUGCUGCUUCCAGGAGAAGAACAGACUCUCAGCUCCUUCAGUGGCAACAUCCUCUACUCCACCUAAAACGAUGAUAAAAUCCUUUUCCACGUCCGUGGUGUCCCCGCACACAGACGAGUUCCUGGAGCUGCUGGCGAGCUCGCAGAGCCGGCGGCUGGACGACCAGCGCGCCAGCUUCAGUGAGCUGCCCGGCCUGCGCCUGCGGCAGCGCAGCAGCCAGGCCCUGCUGGGACACCUCGUGGCCAGCAGCAACAGGGAGCUGGAUGACGACUUCUUCGACAUACUGAUUAAAUGCCAGGGUUCCAGACUGGAUGAUCAGAGAUGUGCUCCUCCAGGAGCUGCCAAAGGUCCCACUGUACCAGAUGAGGAUUUUUUCAGCCUGAUUUUGCGCUCACAAGCGAAGAGAAUGGAUGAGCAGAGAGUCCACUUACCCUCAGCUAUAAAGGGCUCCAAUUCCAGCUGAAGACCCCAGAAGUAUGUACAGCAGCAGCCUAGGGAUCAUUCUGGUUUGCUGGAAAAGCACACUUGCCUUUUUUAAGAUGACUACAAUUAGUAGCCCUGUCUCCUUUCUUCUGAUUUUUCACAGAAAUAGCAGCAGCAUCACACUGGUGAGCAGUAGUUACAGAGCUGCUCUUGCAUUUGGCAGCUGCUUUCAGAGCAGUUUUUGAGGUACUGGUACUGUGUCCCCCUCUUAUUUGCCUCUAGUCUAUCAAAAUUAUUACAACUUUUUCUUCCUCUGUCAGAUCUCUCAUUCCUCAUUAGUGGAUUUUACCACUGUCUCAAUAUAGUGAAAGACUUAAAUUUUUAUUUUCUUUUUAAAGAAAAUUUGAUUUUUCCCCCAAUUUGUACUUUCUGGAAAAAAAAGUUCUGUUUUCUUUUAUACUUUUUUAAAAAAAAUACUUAAAAAAAAAAGAGAAGAAGUAGCUUUAGUAUUAGUCUCUUUGCAGAAACACAGUUUGGAAGAAACAAUUUCUAUUAAAAAAUUAAACCCUAGUUUUAAUUCUGUUUAAUAAAAAAUAGUUUUUUCAAG